AUGGUCCACCCAGAAACUGAGACAACUGAACAGAAUGCAGAUGACAGCUUUGACUUGGAAUCGCUGUUCAACACCGGCGCCCAUAAGAACAAAAAUGCUUCCAAGAGAAAGCCCACCAUGACUGGGUCAGUUGCCGAAAACAGCAGGCGACUUAGGAGAAAGACCGGGACCGACCAGAACGACACACUACUAGCUGUUCCGGAGAACAUCAAUGUCAACGUUAGCGAGGAUGGUGACGAGGAAGAGGAAGGAAGCAAGGGCAGCAUUACAAAUGCCUCUUCCGAGGACUUCGAAGGAAAAGUAAGAGCAGUCAUUGACAUGAAGAUUGGGGAUGACUUCGAAAACGUCAUUCGAAAGAAGUUCGUCAAGUCUAUUAGAGACCCCAUCACCAAGUCAACAAAGGAAAGCCUCGAGCGAUUCAAAAGUGAUGUUCUUCCGAAGUUGAACGUGGCAAAGGACCAUGCUGCUGAUGCCCACAAUAAAACGUUGCACCUUCAAAUGAUGCUUGAAGAAGAUCGCCAGAAUGAAAGGCGCUUCCAGAAGUUUGUUGUCGAGAAGUUGGGACAACUCUAUGCUAGACUUGACGCCCAGGGUGAGUGGAUGUACAGGCGCUUUGGAAGAAUGGGCGAUGGUAAGGCUCCACCAUCCAGUGGUCGUUCUGGUACCAAUACCGGUAGCAGGAACAGCAAGAUGGACGUCUGA